AUGAUAUUCGAAGAGAUUGAAUACGAAGGAGAGUACGUUGACUCCCGUUACCAGGGUAUCGACCAGGACUGCACCCUGGAGGAUGUGACGCUACUUCGUGAAAUUGCGGCUCAAUGGAAAAGGGACCAGUGGCAGGCCAUCAGUGCAAGAUUCAAUGGCAUGACUGGUCGUAAAAUCACCCCUGAACAGGCAAAGUCAGUUCUCGAUAACAACCAAGGGUAA